UCGAAGUCACAACUCACAACACUGUCUUGUCAAUGUUAAAUUGAAAUGUGGUUGCUUUGUUGAAAUAUUAUUAAAAAUUUUCAGAUUAGUCCUAAUUGACCUGCCACGGGUAGGAAUUCUACGUAAACUAUUAUACCCUUGUAAUAUUGUUUUCGUAAAAGCAUUGACUACGUAUUUCAAUAAGCUAUGGCUGAUACCAGCAAUAAAGAAUCAUCGGUUACCAAAGUGCCCAUGAUCUACGUUUGUGGAGAAUGCCACAGGGAAAAUGAAAUUAAACCAAGAGAUCCUAUCAGAUGCAGAGAGUGUGGUUAUAGAAUUAUGUACAAGAAAAGAACAAAACGAUUGGUUGUCUUCGAUGCACGUUGACAAGAAAAAGAAUUUGUUCCGGUACCAGCCAAUUUAUAUUUAAGUAAUAAUAUUAGUUUAUAAUAAGUCAUCAUUACAAAAUAAAUGUUUUUAAAUUUUG